AUGACCAACGCCAACUUUAAUCCUACUCAGGCUCCGGCCAACCACAAGAGAAAGAUCAUUAUCUUCUCUGACUUCGAUGGCACAAUUUGCAUGCAAGAUACAGGCCACAUCCUCGUCGACAACCAUGGCUGCGGAACAGAGGCUCGCGCCAAACUCGAAGAAGAAAUCAAGAUGGGCACACGGUCCUUCCGCGAAGUCUCAGAGGACAUGUGGGCAUCCCUCCACGUCCCCUUCGACGACGGUUUCAUCGUAAUGGAAAAGACAAUUGAAAUGGACUCUGGAUUCCGUGAAUUCCACCAAUACUGCGUUGACAACGGGUUCCCGUUCAAUGUUAUCAGUGCUGGCCUGAAGCCUGUUUUGAGGAGAGUUCUUGAUACCUAUCUUGGUGCGGAGGAGGCAUCAAGAAUUGACAUCGUCGCAAACGAUGCAGUCAUCAAGCCUGACGGCUCAGAAUGGAAGCCUAUCUGGCGCCACGACACAGACCUCGGACACGACAAGGCAUUGUCCGUAAACGAAGCCCGGGCUGCCGCACAAGCUCAAUGUGAACCUGACGAGAUGCCUCUGAUCGUUUUCAUCGGCGACGGUGUCUCGGAUCUCCCCGCUGCCCGUGAAGCGGAUGUUCUCUUCGCCCGCCGUGGAUUGCGCCUCGAAGAGUACUGUAUCGAGCACGGAAUCACCUACACACCGUUCGAUACUUUUGCCGAUAUCAAGCGAGAGAUCGAGAAGUUGAGUGCGGAGGACCAGGCUAAGACUGGUGGUGUGGGCAAGCCUGUUCGUUACAACCCGCGGGCCAACCUUUGGAGACGGAUUUCCAGUAAGGAGGCUGUGCCUACUCUUAUGGCCGCUGCUACGCCUUCUCAAGAGGAGAAGAUGUUCCUUUGGCCUGAGACCUUCUCGGAGGCUAAGCCUAGCACUAUUGAGGAGGGAGUGGAGCCUGUUGCUGUUUAG